AUGGCGAGAACCAGAGUGGAAUAUGAAUCUCCUCAUGGUGGGACGGGAAUCACACCCCAAGACCCUGCAUCCACCUCUGGGCUCUCCAAACUCCAGUGGAAAAUGGGCACAUGUCAGGUCAGUCUUUAUGAAGUGCGAGGUGGGGAGGCGUCCAGAGACCUGUGGAAAGACUUUUGCUCCCAGUCUCACAGUGUGGUGUUUGUGGUGAAAUGCUCAGAUAAGAAGAGGAUCCCAGGAGCGCGGUGUGUGUUGACAGCUCUGGACCUAUCCUCAGAUCUCAGGAGGAAACCGCCGCGGGUCCUGGCCAACAAACAGGACGAAGAGGACGAUCUGUACGGAGGAAAGGGUCACUCGAAGUCUGACGCUGCAGAAGCUGCAGAAGCAGAAGAAGAGUCCCAGAGAGAGAGCCACUGUCAGGUCCAACCAUGUGGACGUUAA